GCUGGUCUCGAAGGAAUGACAGCUGCCUGGCCUCAGGUUCUCAGGCCAGGCAGCAGGGAGCUGAGUGGAGGCUAAUUUUACUCGCUGGGAGCAGGGAGAGAAAUCCUCCACCCUCACUCCCGCCCCUGCUUGGCUGGCUCAGCAGGACAGGCUCAGCCAGGCCCAGUCCCCAAGGCGGGGGGCAUUGGGGACACAGGGAAGCAGGGAAGAGAGGGCAGUGGGGUGGGGGAGCAGGGAAAGCAAGUUUGCCAGGGAAGCCAUGGAGCCCUCUUCACCCCAGGAUGAGGGGCCGAAGAAGAAGCAGCCCAAGAAGCCUGUUCCUGAGAUUCUGCCCAGGCCACCCCGGGCCUUGUUCUGCCUGACCCUCCAGAACCCCCUGAGGAAGGCCUGUAUCAGCAUUGUGGAAUGGAAACCCUUCGAGACCAUCAUCUUGCUCACCAUCUUUGCCAACUGUGUGGCCCUGGCUGUGUACCUGCCCAUGCCUGAAGAUGACAACAAUACUCUGAACCUCGGCCUGGAGAAACUGGAGUAUUUCUUCCUCAUCGUCUUCUCCAUUGAAGCUGCCAUGAAGAUCAUCGCCUACGGCUUCCUGUUCCACCAGGAUGCCUACCUGCGGAGCGGCUGGAACGUGCUGGACUUCAUCAUUGUCUUCCUGGGGGUCUUCACGGUGAUCCUGGAGCAGGUCAACAUCAUCCAGAGCAACACGGCCCCCAUGAGCAGCAAAGGCGCCGGCCUGGACGUCAAGGCCCUGCGAGCCUUCCGCGUGCUCAGACCCCUCCGGCUGGUGUCGGGGGUGCCCAGCCUGCAGGUGGUGCUCAACUCCAUCUUCAAGGCCAUGCUCCCCCUGUUCCACAUCGCCCUGCUCGUCCUCUUCAUGGUCAUCAUCUACGCCAUCAUCGGCCUGGAGCUCUUCAAGGGCAAGAUGCACAAGACCUGCUACUUCAUCGGGACGGAUAUCGUGGCCACCGUGGAGAACGAGAAGCCAUCACCCUGUGCCAGGACAGGCUCGGGGCGCCCAUGCACCAUCAAUGGCAGUGAGUGCCGGGGUGGCUGGCCAGGGCCCAACCAUGGCAUCACCCACUUCGACAACUUUGGCUUCUCCAUGCUCACGGUGUACCAGUGCAUCACCAUGGAGGGAUGGACGGAUGUCCUUUACUGGGUCAACGAUGCCAUCGGGAACGAGUGGCCCUGGAUCUAUUUUGUCACCCUCAUUCUGCUGGGAUCCUUCUUCAUCCUCAACCUGGUGCUGGGCGUCCUGAGUGGGGAAUUCACCAAGGAGCGGGAGAAGGCCAAAUCCAGGGGGACCUUUCAAAAGCUCCGGGAGAAGCAGCAGCUGGAAGAGGACCUCCGGGGCUACAUGAGCUGGAUCACGCAGGGCGAGGUCAUGGACGUGGAGGACUUGAGAGAAGGGCGGCUGUCUUUGGAUGGAGGUGGCUCUGACACCGAGAGCCUGUAUGAGAUAGAGGGCUUGAACAAGAUCAUCCAGUUCAUCCGGCACUGGAGGCAGUGGAAUCGUGUCUUUCGCUGGAAGUGUCAUGACCUUGUGAAAUCCAAGGUCUUCUAUUGGCUGGUGAUCCUGAUAGUGGCCCUCAACACCCUGUCCAUUGCCUCAGAGCACCACAACCAGCCACUCUGGCUGACCCAUUUGCAAGAUGUCGCCAACCGGGUGCUGCUGUCCCUCUUCACCAUCGAGAUGCUGAUGAAGAUGUACGGGCUGGGCCUGCGCCAGUACUUCAUGUCCAUCUUCAACCGCUUCGACUGCUUCGUGGUGUGCAGCGGCAUCCUGGAGAUCCUGCUGGUGGAGUCGGGCGCCAUGUCGCCCCUGGGCAUCUCCGUGCUCCGUUGCAUCCGCCUCCUGAGGAUCUUCAAGAUCACAAAGUACUGGACAUCGCUGAGCAACCUGGUGGCCUCCCUGCUCAACUCCAUCCGCUCCAUCGCCUCCCUGCUGCUGCUGCUCUUCCUCUUCAUCAUCAUCUUCGCCCUGCUGGGCAUGCAGCUCUUUGGGGGAAGGUACGACUUUGAAGACACCGAGGUGCGGCGCAGCAACUUUGACAACUUCCCCCAGGCCCUCAUCAGCGUCUUCCAGGUCCUGACAGGGGAGGACUGGAACUCUGUGAUGUACAACGGGAUCAUGGCCUAUGGGGGGCCGUCCUACCCCGGCGUGCUUGUGUGUAUUUAUUUCAUCAUCCUUUUCGUCUGUGGCAACUACAUACUGCUCAAUGUCUUCCUGGCCAUUGCUGUGGACAACCUGGCUGAGGCGGAGAGCCUGACUUCUGCCCAGAAGGCCAAGGCCGAGGAGAGGAAACGCAGGAAGAUGUCCAAGGGUCUCCCAGAUAAGUCAGAGGAAGAGAAGACCAUGAUGGCCAAGAAGUUGGAGCAGAAACCCAAGGGUGAGGGCAUUCCCACCACCGCCAAGCUGAAAAUUGAUGAAUUUGAAUCUAAUGUCAAUGAGGUGAAGGAUCCCUACCCCUCAGCGGACUUCCCAGGGGAUGACGAGGAAGAUGAGCCUGAAAUCCCAGUGAGCCCCCGACCACGCCCCCUGGCCGAGCUACAGCUCAAAGAGAAGGCAGUGCCCAUCCCAGAAGCCAGCUCCUUCUUCAUCUUCAGCCCCACCAAUAAGAUGCUGGGGUGGGCAUCAGUGAUCCUGGGGUAUUUUGACAUUGCUUUCACCUCCGUCUUCACUGUGGAGAUUGUCCUCAAGAUGACCACCUACGGGGCCUUCCUGCACAAAGGCUCCUUCUGCCGCAACUACUUCAACAUCUUGGACCUGCUGGUGGUGGCCGUGUCCCUCAUCUCCAUGGGACUAGAGUCCAGCGCCAUCUCUGUGGUGAAGAUUCUGAGGGUGCUAAGGGUGCUCCGACCCCUCCGAGCUAUCAAUAGAGCCAAAGGGUUAAAGCACGUGGUGCAGUGUGUGUUCGUGGCCAUCCGCACCAUCGGGAACAUCGUCCUGGUCACCACACUCCUGCAGUUCAUGUUCGCCUGCAUUGGGGUCCAGCUCUUCAAGGGGAAGUUCUUCAGCUGCAAUGACUUAUCCAAGAUGACAGAAGAAGAGUGCAGGGGCUACUACUACGUGUACAAGGAUGGGGAUCCCACACAGAUAGAGCUGCGCCCCCGCCAGUGGGUACACAACGACUUCCACUUUGACAACGUGCUCUCAGCCAUGAUGUCACUCUUCACGGUCUCCACCUUCGAGGGAUGGCCCCAGCUACUGUACAAGGCCAUAGAUUCAAAUAAGGAAGACACAGGCCCCAUCUACAACAACCGAGUGGAGAUGGCCAUCUUCUUCAUCAUCUACAUCAUCCUCAUUGCCUUCUUCAUGAUGAACAUCUUUGUGGGCUUUGUCAUUGUCACCUUCCAGGAGCAGGGGGAGACCGAGUACAAGAACUGCGAGCUGGACAAGAACCAGCGCCAAUGCGUGCAGUAUGCCCUGAAGGCCCGCCCACUGAGAUGCUACAUCCCCAAAAACCCAUACCAGUACCAGGUGUGGUAUGUCGUCACCUCCUCCUACUUUGAAUACCUGAUGUUUGCCCUCAUCAUGCUCAACACCAUCUGCCUGGGCAUGCAGCACUACAACCAGUCAGAGGAGAUGAACCACAUCUCAGACAUCCUCAACGUGGCCUUCACCAUCAUCUUCACCCUGGAGAUGGUCCUCAAGCUCAUGGCAUUCAAGGCCAGGGGCUAUUUUGGAGACCCCUGGAAUGUGUUUGACUUCCUGAUUGUCAUCGGCAGCAUCAUUGAUGUCAUCCUUAGUGAAAUCGAUGACCCAGAUGAGAGCGCCCGCAUCUCCAGCGCCUUCUUCCGUCUGUUCCGGGUCAUGAGGCUGAUCAAGCUACUGAGUCGGGCAGAGGGAGUGCGCACCCUGCUGUGGACAUUCAUCAAGUCCUUCCAGGCCCUGCCUUACGUGGCUCUGCUCAUCGUCAUGCUCUUCUUCAUCUACGCUGUCAUUGGCAUGCAGAUGUUUGGGAAGAUUGCCAUGGUGGAUGGGACCCAAAUAAACCGGAACAACAACUUCCAGACCUUCCCACAAGCUGUGCUGCUGCUUUUCAGGUGUGCCACAGGUGAGGCCUGGCAGGAGAUCCUGCUGGCCUGCAGCUACGGAAAGUUGUGUGACCCAGAGUCGGACUAUGCCCCGGGCGAGGAGUACACUUGCGGCACCAACUUCGCCUACUACUACUUCAUCAGCUUCUACAUGCUCUGCGCCUUCCUGAUCAUCAACCUCUUUGUGGCUGUCAUCAUGGACAACUUUGACUACCUCACACGAGACUGGUCCAUCCUGGGCCCUCAUCACCUGGAUGAGUUCAAGGCCAUUUGGGCGGAGUAUGACCCGGAAGCUAAGGGGAGAAUCAAACACCUGGAUGUGGUGACCCUGCUGAGAAGGAUCCAGCCCCCGCUGGGCUUUGGGAAGUUCUGCCCACACCGGGUAGCAUGUAAGCGGCUGGUGGGCAUGAACAUGCCCCUGAACAGCGAUGGCACGGUCACUUUCAACGCCACACUCUUUGCCCUGGUGCGCACGGCCCUCAAGAUCAAGACGGAAGGUAACUUUGAACAGGCCAACGAGGAGCUGAGGGCCAUCAUCAAGAAGAUCUGGAAGAGAACCAGCAUGAAGCUCCUGGACCAGGUCAUCCCUCCCAUAGGAGAUGAUGAGGUGACAGUGGGGAAGUUCUAUGCCACAUUCCUCAUCCAGGAACACUUCCGGAAGUUCAUAAAACGCCAGGAAGAAUAUUAUGGAUAUCGGCCUAAGAAGGACACCGUACAGAUCCAGGCUGGACUGAGGACCAUAGAGGAAGAAGCAGCCCCUGAGAUCCACCGCACCAUCUCAGGGGACCUGACAGCUGAGGAGGAGCUGGAGAGAGCCAUGGUGGAGGCUGCAAUGGAGGAAGGAAUAUUCCGGAGGACUGGAGGCCUGUUUGGCCAAGUGGACAACUUCCUGGAAAGGACCAACUCCCUGCCCCCCGUCAUGGCCAAUCAAAGACCCCUCCAGUUUUCUGAGAUAGAGAUGGAGGAGCUGGAGUCCCCUGUCUUCUUGGAGGACUUCCCUCAUGAUCCAAGAACCAACCCACUUGCUCGUGCCAAUACCAACAAUGCCAAUGCUAAUGUUGCCCAUGGCAACAGUGACCGUAGCAACAGCUCUGUGUUUUCCAGUGUCCACUAUGAAAGGGAAUUUCCAGAAGAGUCAGAGACACCUGCUGCCAGAGGAGGAACCUUCAGCCAAGCCCGCAAGGCCCUGGGACCUCUCAGCAAGCCCCAUGUGGAAAACCUGAAUGGAUGGCCGACUUGCCAGACACCUCCUGCCCCCUGCCAGCGCCCCAGGGCAGAGCUUCCCGUUCGAGAAGAAAGGAAGCGCUCCAUGCCAGGUUCUCUGCACGCGGAAGCAGCUCGCAGCAGGAGCUCCCAGGAGAGCCGUUCCAGGUGCCCAGCUCCAGCCACAGCCCUGCUGAUCCAGGAGGCUCUGGUUCGAGGGGGCCUGGACUCCUUGGCGGCUGACGCUGGCUUCGUCAUGGCGACAGGCCAGGCCCUGGCAGAUGCCUGCCAGAUGGAACCAGAGGAAGUGGAGGUGGCAGCAACAGAGCUACUGAGAGAACGACAGACCCCAGAGGGCCCGUCUGGUGCCGUGGGAGGCCUGAGCCUCGGGUCUUCCCUGGGCAGCCUUGACCAGCAUCAGGGCUCACAGGAGACCCUGAUUCCUCCCGGGCUGUGACGGCCGACACAGAAUCAGCCUGGGCUUAGAGCUGACAUGACCAAGGGCAGGGGGAGACUGCUGGAGGGACAAGUGUUAGCACCACAGCAGCCUCCCUCCCUUCAGUGGCUAGACGCCUGGCUGAACAAGGGUGGUCAGGAACCAUCUCCAAAACUUGGGAGGAAGUAGAUGGGCAGGACAGGCCCUUCCCUCACCAGCAAGAAGCAUGAUUGGCUGGAACUUCUAAGGUCAUUCUAAAAGCCCUGGCCAGUGCUAGUGUCUAUCUGUCACAAGGCCACUCCCAUCAGCAGGACAUUAAAGUCUCAGGCCUAUGACACUGGCA